UCAGGCACGCAGCUGGAGCGGACAGGACGGCUUCCGGGAUGUGGCGGGGCCUUUGUCUCUCUCUGCAGCCUGAGCUCCAGGUCUCCCCUUCACUGCUCUGUGUACUCUGCUCCUAGAGGCCCAACCUCUGUGGCCCUGUGACCUGCAGGUAUUGGGAGACCACAGCUAAGACACCGGGACCCCCUGAAAGCCUAGAAAUGAACGACCUGAAAUAUGGAGUGUAUCCUCUCAAGGAAGCAAGUGGAUGCCCUGGGGCUGAGAGGAAUCUUCUAGUGUACUCUUAUUUUGAAAAGGAGACAUUGACAUUUAGGGAUGUGGCCAUAGAAUUCUCUCUGGAGGAGUGGGAAUGCCUGAGCCCUGCUCAGCAGAAUUUAUAUAUGAAUGUGAUGUUAGAGAACUACAAAAACCUGAUCUUCUUGGCAGGUAUUGCUGUCUCUAAGCAAGACCCAGUCACCUGUCUGGAGCAAGAAAAAGAGCCCUGGAAUAUGAAGAGACAUGAGAUGGUGGAUGAACCCCCAGCUAUGUGCUCUUAUUUUACCAAAGACCUUUGGCCAGAGCAAGACAUAAAAGAUUCUUUUCAACAAGUAAUACUGAGAAGAUAUGGAAAAUGUGAACAUGAGAAUUUACAGUUAAGAAAAGGCUCUGCAAGUGUAGAUGAGUAUAAGGUGCACAAAGAAGGUUAUAAUGAACUAAACCAGUGUUUGACAACUACCCAGAGCAAAAUAUUUACAUGUGAUAAAUAUGCGAAAGUCUUUCAUAAAUUUUUAAAUGCAAAUAGACAUAAGACAAGACAUACUGGAAAGAAACCUUUCAAAUGUAAAAAAUGUGGCAAAUCAUUUUGCAUGCUUUUACACCUAAGUCAACAUAAAAGAAUUCAUAUUAGAGAGAAUUCUUACCAAUGUGAAGAAUGUGGCAAAGCUUUUAAAUGGUUCUCAACCCUUUCUAGACACAAGAGAAUUCAUACUGGAGAGAAACCCUUCAAAUGUGAAGAAUGUGGCAAAGCUUUUAAGCAGUCCUCAACCCUUACUACACAUAAGAUAAUUCAUACUGGGGAGAAACCAUACAGAUGUGAAGAAUGUGGCAAAGCCUUCAACCGGUCCUCACACCUUACUACACAUAAGAUAAUUCAUACUGGAGAGAAACCCUACAAAUGUGAAGAAUGUGGCAAAGCUUUUAACCAGUCUUCAACCCUUACUACACAUAAGUUCAUUCAUGCUGGAGAGAAACCCUACAAAUGUGAGGAAUGUGACAAAGCUUUUAACCGAUUCUCAUACCUUACUAAACAUAAGAUAAUUCAUACUGGAGAAAAAUCUUACAAAUGUGAAGAAUGUGGCAAAGGCUUUAAUUGGUCCUCAACCCUUACAAAACAUAAAAGAAUUCAUACUGGAGAGAAACCCUACAAAUGUGAAGUGUGUGGCAAAGCUUUUAAUGAGUCCUCAAACCUUACUACACAUAAGAUGAUUCAUACUGGCGAGAAACCCUACAAAUGUGAAGAAUGUGGCAAAGCUUUUAACCGGUCCCCACAACUUACUGCACAUAAGAUAAUUCAUACUGGAGAGAAACCUUACAAAUGUGAAGAAUGUGGCAAAGCUUUUAGCCAAUCAUCAAUCCUUACUACACAUAAGAGAAUUCACACUGGAGAGAAACCCUACAAAUGUGAAGAAUGUGGCAAAGCUUUUAACCGAUCUUCAAAUCUUACUAAACAUAAGAUAAUUCAUACAGGAGAGAAAUCUUACAAAUGUGAAGAAUGUGGUAAAGCCUUUAACCAAUCCUCAACUCUUACUAAACAUAGGAAAAUUCAUACUAGACAGAAACCCUACAACUGUGACGAAUGUGACAAUACAUUUAACCAGUCCUCAAACCUAUUAAACAAAAUAAUUCAUACUGGAGAGAAACUCUACAAAUGUCAACAAUGUGGGAAAGCCUUUAAGCAGUCCUCAACUCUUACUAAGCAUUAAAUAUUGGCCAAGUGCAGUGGUUUAUGCUGUAAUCCCAGCAUUUUGGGAGGCUGAGGCGGGCGGAUCACAAGGUCAAGAGAUCGAGACCAUCCUGGCCAACAUGAUGAAAUCCUGUCUCUACUAAAAAUACAAAAAUUAUCUGGGUGUGGUGGCACGUGCCUGUAUUCCCAUCUACUUGGGAGGCUUAGGCAGGAUAAUCACUUGAACCUGGGAGAUGGAGGUUGCAGUGAGCCAAGAUUGCACCACUGUACUCCCGUUUGGCAACAGAGUGAGACUGUCUCAAAAAAAAUUUAUACUGUACAAAAACUCUACAAGUGUGAAAAACAUGGCAAAGCCUUUAACAAGCCCUCAAUUCUUAACAGACAUAAGAUAAUUUAUACUGGAGAGAAACUCUACAAAUCAGAAAGAUGUGACUACUUUUGACAACGCCUCAAACUUUUCUAACCAUAAAAGUAAUUAUUCUGGUGAGAAAUCCUAGAAAUCUGAGGAAUGAGAUAAAGCCUUUUAAAUGAUUGUCACACUUGAUUGUAGGUGUGGUGGCUCACGUCUGUAAUCCCAGCACUUUGACAGGCUGAGCGAGGGAGUGGAUCUUGAGGUCAGGAGUUCGAGACCAGCAUGGCCAAUAUGGAGAAAUCCUGUCUCUACUGAAAAUACAAAAAUUAGCCAGGUGUGGUGGCAUGUCCCUGUAAUCCCAGCUACUCAGGAGGCUGAGGCAGGAGAAUCGCUUGAACCUGGGAGGUGGAGGUUGCAAUGAGCCAAGAUCACCCCACUGCACUCCAGCCUGGGCAACAGAGCGAGACUCCAUCCCAAAAAGUAAAAUAUUUUUUCAAAUUUUCUAUAUAUUUUUCUUUGAACAUGUGGCCUGUCUGCCUGCAAACAUACAGACUUUUAUUUUGAUUCACAUAGAGUUAAAUACAUGUUAGUCUAAAGACAAAUCUUAGGUGUAAGAAAAUUAUGGAGUUAAGUAUGUGUGUGUAUGAGUUUGUACAUAUUUUCAGAAGGAAAGAAAAAUAUGGGAACAAAAAUCAUUUUAAUAUGGUGACUAGUAUAAAACUAAAAACCUAAAAAAUGCUGAAAGCAAAUGUAUACUUUUUAGUUUGUAUUCAAUUUAUUACUGUACAGUCUAUGACUUAGAGUUCUGAAUCUUCCCAAGCAAAUGCUCUGUAUAUACUUGCCUGGUACUCAUGCUAGACCCAUACGUUUUUUGUUUCUUACAUAUUUUUUUGUUUUAUCGUUUAGGAAGUAUUCAUUAUGUGAGCUGGUCUGCGAUUAUAAGAAUUUUUAUGAAAUUUAGUGCACACAAAAUAAUUUUUAGAUGUAAUUCCAAAAGUGGUGUAUUAAGUUACAUUUUAUUUAGUUGGGGCACUCCAUUUUGUUCUUUUAAGAGGAGAACAAUAUAUAGGUUUUCUUUAGUGAUUGUUCCUUUCACUUUUUAUAAUUGACAUAAGUAUAUUUAUUGAGUCAAUUUGUUCAGCUAAGUAGUAGGGAGGCUUCAUAAGUCAUGAGGAUGUUUUUAUAUAUAAAUGUAGCAAACAUAUAUUACAGUUCUCACUGUGUAAUAGAUUAUCCAUAAUAAUUCAUACAUAUUCCUGCUGAAGUUAGUUUGUAACUUCAAGUCAAAGAAGAAAAAUAUCAAUGGUGAAGAUUGAUUCUUCAUAUGGAGAGGACAUUUUUUUUCCAGACUGUAAAACUGAAUCUUCCUGAAUUUAAAGAGAAAUUCUGGCUGAGGCAGAUGAAUCACCUGAGGUCAGGAGUUUGAGACCAGCCUGAUGAAUAUGGUGAAACCCAGUCUCUACUAAAACUACAAAAAUAGCCAGGCAUGGUGGUGGUUGCCUGUAAUCCCACUCGGGAGGCUGAGGCAGGAGAAUUGCUUGAACCCAGGAGGUGAAGAUUGGAGUAAGCUGAGAUGGUGCCAUUGCACUACAGCCUGGGUGACAGAGCGAGACUCCACAUCAAAAAAAAAAAAUACUGGGCGUGGUGGCUCACGCCUGUAAUCCCACCACUUUGGGAGGCCAAGGUGGGCGAAUCACUUGAGGUCGGGAGUUUGAGACCAGGUGACCAACAUGGAGAAACUCCAUCUCUACUAAAAAAUAUAAAAUUAGCCAGGCAUGGUGGCGCAUGCCUGUAAUCCCAGCUACUCGGGAGACAGGCAGGAGAAUCGCUUGAACACGAGAGGUGGAGGUUACAGGGUGGCGAGAUUGCGCCAUUGCACUCCAGUCUGGGCGACAAGAGGGAAACUCCAUCUGGAAAAAAAAAAAGAAAUUAUUUUAUUUUCUACUUCUCUUCAGAUUUGUUUUCUUAUGCAUUUUCCAACUAUGUAUGCAUCAAAGCCCUUCUUUUUCUGAGUUAUAGCUAUAGUUUUCUUACUGUUGUCUUCAUGCCAUUUCAUUUCACAUGGUACUUUGUAGAUUUGGAUGAGGAAGUUGGUACUUUUAAUGCACACAAAAAUUGGUUUUAACUGGAGAGUUUGCUUAUCAGUAUAACUUUCAGAACAGUUAAGAUAAAAGGCAGCCAGGUGUGCCUCAUGCCUGUAAUCCCAGCACUUAGGUAGGCGGAGACGGGUGGAUCACUUGAGGUCAGGAGUUCAAGACCAGCCUGACCAACAUGGUGAAACACUGUGUCUACUAAAAAUACAAAUUUAGCCAUGCGUGGUGAUGCACGCCUGUAAUCCCAGCUACUCGGAAGGCUGAGGGAGCAGAAUUGCUUGAACCUGGGAGGUAGAGGUUGUGGUGAGCCGAGAUUGGGCCACUGCACUUCAGCCUGGGCCACAAGAGCGAAACUGUCUAAAAAAAAAAAAAAAAAAAAAAAAAGAUAAAAGGUGCAAUACUGUCCACAGGUAAGAUAAUUAAAUUAGUCGGCUUUGUUUUUAAAAGAAAAAUCUUAGUAGAUUCUUAUACAAAGUGUGGCAAAUAUAAAACUUGCUUGAAAAUAUAGAAAUUAAAUUUUUAAGAGAGUUAAUGGUAAGUAAACAAUUUUAAAUUUAAUUUUCUAUGAUAUACUUACAGCACAACUUACAUUUCCAUGCAGAAUCUUUUAUUUUUAAGUGUGAGUGUUAAAGGUUACAAAAUAAUGAAAUGACUUCAGUGGAUUUAAAAUUUAGAAAAAUAAUAUCUUUUCUAUAUUGAUUUUACAAUUUGGAGAAAUUUUUCACUCAUUUUUUAUAUUUUUUUUAGUGGGAGAAGUUUAGUCUACAGUUUUUAUUUUUAGUCACCAAACUGUAGCAGAGAAAAACAUUUGGAGAUCAUGACAGCUUUUGGAUUAAAACAUUUCUAUUACUUUGCAUGCAAACUAGUUUACUGUGUUCACAGAGUGGCCAGUCAUGGGACCAUAAGCAACACCUGCUCUUUGAGUGUCUUUCAUACCAUUACCAUCAGCACCAGAAACUCCAGGUGCCCCAAGCUUAAAGUAAAAAUCCUAAAGUACGUUGGCUCCUCCCAUGCAAUGUGCUGGGUCCAAACCAUGCUGUUAAAUAUCAGAAGUUUCUAUGGUUAUGACUAAAAAAUUAAAUGACAAUAAUAGCCCCCAAACUAUAUAUUUUUGAUACUAUUUAACCAAGAUUAUCACAAAGACACAGUAUUUGACACAUUGUUAUUCUUCUAUAAUGUUUUAUAUUUUAGUGUGACAGAUAAAAUCUGUACUUUUUCCGUAGAACAUAAUAUUUUGAAGUAUAUAGUUAAAUUAUUAUUUCUAGGUAAUUAAUAAUUUAUCUCACAUUGUUUGGACGUGGUGGCCCAUGCUUGUAAUCCAGCAAUUUGGGAGGCUGAGGCAGGCAGAUCACGAGGUCAGGAGUUUGGGACCAGCCUUGGUGACCAUGGGGAAACCUUGUCUACUAAAAAUACAAAAUAAGCAGCGUGUGGUGAUACAUGCCUGUAAGCCAGCUACCCGGGAGGCUGAGGCAGGAAAAUGGCUCAAAUCUGGGAGGUGGUUGUUGCAGUGAGCUGAGAUUGCACCACUGCACUCCAGACUGGGGGACAGAGUGAGACUAUCAAAAAAAAAAAACAAAAAAUCUUUACCUCAUGUAGUGAACAUUUUUGUUUUGAGACCACAUGACACUCAUUUUUCAAAAAUCCAAAUUCAUUAUUAUGAACUAUAAUCACCAUGUUGUACAAUAAAUCUCUUGAACUUAUUUCUUCCAUUCGACUAUAAUUGUAUUAUUUCACAAACAUGUUUCCAGCCCUCCAUUUCUUAUAAAUAACUUGCAUCUGAUGGUCACCAUUUUACUCUCUACAUCAAUGGGAUUAAGUUUUUUGGAAUCCAUGUGUAAGUGAAAUUAUGAGAUAUUAAUCUUUCUGUGCCUUGCUUAUCCCAACUAAUAUAAUGUCCUUCAGCUUCAUCCAUGUGAUUUAGAAUAAUGGUUUUUUUUUUUAAGGCCAGGAGUGGUGGCUCACACCUGUAAUCCCAGCUCUGGGAGGCCAAGGACAGUGGAUUGCUUGAGCCCAGGAGUUUGAGACCAGCCUGGGCAACAUGGAAAAACCCCAUCUCUACUAAAAAUACAAAAACAACACCUCAGCUGAGUGUGGUGGGGCACGCCUGUAAUCUCAGCUACUCCGGAGGCUGAGGCAUGAGAAUCCCUUGAACCACGGAUGCAGAGGUUACAGUGAACUGAGAUCGUGCCACUGCACUCCAUCCUGGGCAACAGAGUGAGACUCCGUCUCAAGAGGAAAAAUAAGGCAUUUUUCUCAUUUAAAUAAUAAAUAGUAUUCCAUUAUGUAUAUCAACCACAUUGUCUUCAUUUACUCAUUAGAUGUUGAAGUGUUUAUUCUGUAUUUUGGCUAUUGUGAAACAAGUGCUGCAAACAACAGAAGUACAAAUGUUUCUUCAUUCUUAUUUUGUUUUGGAUAUAUACCCAGUAGUGCAAUUGCUGUAUUACAUGGUAGUUUUUUUGAUAAAUCUGUAUUUUGUUUUUCGUAAUGGCUAUCCUCAUUUACGUUCACACCAGCAGUGUGCAAGGAUUCCCUUUUCUUCACAUCUUUACCAACACUUUUAAUAAGAGUCAUUCUAACAGGAAUGAGUUGAUAUAGGGAUUUUUUUUUUGGCUUGUCUUUUUGUGAUAAUAGUUAACACUGAGCAUUUUAAAAUAUAUCCAUUGGCCAUAUGUAUGACUUUUCUUGAAAAAUAUUUAUUUCAGCUAUUUCCUUUUUUUUUUUUUUUCCUUUUUGAGAUGGAGUUUUGUUCUCGUUGCCCAGGCUGGAAUGCAAUGGCACAAUCUCGGCUCACUGCAACACUUGUCUGCCAGAUUAAGUGAUUCUCCUGCCUCAGCCUCCCAAGUAGCUGGGAUUACAGGCAAACGCCACUGCGCCCAGCUAAUUUUGCAUUUUUAGUAGAGACGGGGUUUUUCUAUGUUGGUCAGGCUGGUCUCGAACUUCUGACCUCUGGUGCCCACCUCAGCCUCCCAAAGUGCUGAGAUUACAGGCAUGAACCACCGCGCCCGGCCUAUUUCCUUAUUUUUAAUAAUUAUUUUUUGUUGUCACUUUUAAAUAUAUUUUUGAUAUUAACCUCUUGUCACAUGUAUAAUUUGCCAAUUGUUUCUCCCAUGUUUUAGUUGUCACAUUCUGUUGAUUGUAUCAGAUUUUGUCCAGGAACGUUUUAAUUUGAAGUGAUCUGACUUAUUCUUCCUUUUGUGUCCUGGGAUAUUUAGGUUAAAUCAAAAAACUUGCGGCCAGGCGCAGUGGCUCACACCUGUAAUCCCAGCACUUUGGGAGGCCGAGGCAGGUGGAUCACGAGGUCAGAAGUUCGAGACCAGCCUGACCAACAUGGUGAAAUCCCGUCUCUACUAAAAAUACAAAUAUUAGCCGGGCGUGGUCGCGCGUGUCUAUAAUCUCAGCUACUCAGGAGGCUGAGGCAGGAGGAUGGCUUGAACCCAGAGGCAGAGGUUGUAGUGAGCCAAGGUCAUGCCACUGCACUCCAGCCUUGGCAACAGAAUGAAACUCUGUCUCAAAAAAAAAAAAAAAAAAAAAAAAAAUUUGCUGCCCAGAACAAUGUUAUAGGGCUUUUGCUCUAUUUUUUGGCAGUAGUAGUUUCAGAGUGUCAAGCCUUACAUUUAAGUACUAAUUUAUUUUGAGUUUAUUUUUACAUAUGGUGUGAGAUGAGGGUCUCAAUUUUUAUCUCUGCAUGUGGAUAUAAAGUUUUCCUAACAUCAUUUAUUGAAGAUUCUGUUCUUUCUCUUUAAAGUCACCUGUAUUUAAAAUCAACUGUAAAUACAUGGAUAUAUUUCUGCUCUUUUUUUCUUCUGCUCCGUUGACCUAUGUCUCUGUUUUUAUUCAAGUACCAUACUGUUGGUUACCAUAGCUAUGUAGUGUAUUUCAAAGUUAGUCACUUCUUUUGUCUUGAUUGCUUUGGCUAUUCAGGGUCUUUUGUGAUACCAUAUGAAUUUUAGAUAUACUUUCAAAACUUUUCUAUGAAAUAUAUCACUGGUAUUUUGAUAGAGGUUGCAUUAUACCUGUAGAUCAUUUUGUGUAAUACAAAUAUUUAUUAAUGUCAGUUCAUGAGUAAUAGUCCAUUUAUGUAUUAAAUGUAAGGCGUUUCAACUUUUUGGUUAAAUUUAUUUCAAACUAUAGUUAUUGUAAUUGUUUUUGAAUUUCAUUUUGGAAUAGUUAUUAAUGUAGAGAAAUGCUAUGACUUUUUGAUGGUGCUUUUGUAUUUUGAAAGUUUAAUAAAUUUUGUUUAUUUAUUUA